AAGCUGAUUUACUUGUUUAAGGUCUGACCUCAUCAUCCUGUCAGUAUGGAUUCCCACCUAUACAGUUAACAGCAGCUUAGCAUCGGCUUGAAGUGCUAGCAGUAUAUUAGUCAGAAAAAAAGAGGGCUACUGGUAUUUGUUCCUUUGUUGUCUUUUCUUAAGAAGAGGUGCUGAAACACAAGAGAUAACAAAGAAUCCAUUUCCUUUCUAAAAGAAUAGGCUUUUGUUCUUUUUUCCUGCAAAAAUGUCAGUUUCUGGAAAGAAAGAGUUUGAUGUGAAACAGAUCCUAAGGCUACGCUGGAGGUGGUUCAGUCACCCCUCUCAAGGUUCCACAGGCACUGGAGGCUGCCUUCAGGAAGGAUAUGAGCAUAGAGGGACACCGGUUCAGAAUAGGUUGAAGAGCCACUCUCGGGACAGAAAUGGGCUAAAGAAAAACAACAGUCCUGUUCACCACAAUAUACUGGCACCAGUGCCAGGUCCAACCCCUGUGCACCACCGAUCUAUUCAAACCUGGCAUCAACAAAACCUCAUAGAACAGCUGCGAGCAAAUGAGGAUAUCCCCAAAGCAAGCACAGAGGAAAAUUGUGUCAAAGAAGAUUCAAGUAAAAAUAUACAGGAGCUGCAGAUGAUCACAGACGAAAAUACAGAUGAAUCCACUGAGAGAUUAUCAAUAACUAGCUGUUCACCCACUGGAAUGAACACUAAUGGCUCAGACGAAUACUUCCAAUCCACAAAUCAUGCAGAGCAGACAUUCCGCAAGAUGGAGAACUAUCUCCAGCAGAAGCAGCUGUGUGAUGUUCUUCUCAUUGCUGGAAAUCACAAGAUUCCAGCUCACAGAUUGGUUCUUAGUGCCGUGUCUGAUUAUUUUGCUGCAAUGUUUACUAAUGAUGUGCGUGAAGCGAAAGAAGAGGAGAUCAAAAUGGAAGGAGUGGACCCAGAUGCACUGAAAGCUUUGGUGCACUAUGCCUAUACAGGUGUUUUAGAGUUAAAGGAAGACACUAUAGAAAGCUUGCUGGCUGCAGCUUGUCUCCUCCAGCUAUCUCAAGUCAUUGAAGUGUGUUGCAACUUUCUCAUGAAACAGCUCCAUCCUUCAAACUGCUUAGGGAUUCGAUCCUUUGGAGAUGCGCAGGGUUGCAUGGAACUCUUGAAGGUGGCGCAUCUGUACACAAUGGAACACUUCACAGAAGUGAUACAGAAUCAGGAAUUUCUUUUGCUUCCUGCUAGUGAAAUAGCAAAACUCCUGUCUAGCGAUGACAUCAAUGUACCAGAUGAAGAAGCCAUAUUCCAGGCUUUAAUGAUGUGGGUGAGACAUGAUUUGCAAAGCAGGCAACGAGACUUAGGAAUGCUCCUCUCUUACAUUAGACUGCCACUACUCCCACCACAGUUACUAGCAGAUCUUGAAAAUAGCCCAAUGUUCACGCAUGACCUUGAGUGUCAGAAACUUCUUAUGGAAGCUAUGAAGUAUCAUCUCCUACCGGAAAGAAGAUCCAUGAUGCAGAGUCCUCGAACUAAACCUAGGAAGUCUACAGUGGGUGCACUUUAUGCUGUGGGAGGCAUGGAUGCUACUAAAGGUACCACUACAAUUGAGAAAUAUGACCUUAGGACAAACAGUUGGAUACAAAUUGGUACCAUGAAUGGUAGACGAUUGCAGUUUGGAGUAGCAGUAAUUGACAACAAGCUCUAUAUUGUGGGAGGAAGAGAUGGCCUGAAAACCUCUAAUACAGUUGAAUGUUUCAAUCCAGCUACCAAAGUUUGGACUAUAAUGCCUCCUAUGUCAACUCACAGACACGGCUUAGGCGUAGCAAUGCUUGAAGGACCAAUGUAUGCUGUUGGCGGUCAUGAUGGAUGGAGUUAUCUUAAUACAGUAGAAAGAUGGGACCCCCAGGCACGGCAAUGGAAUUACGUUGCUAGCAUGUCAACUCCUAGAAGCACAGUGGGGGUUGCAGCAUUAAAUAGCAAAUUAUAUGCUGUUGGUGGACGAGACGGCAGCUCCUGCUUAAAAUCCAUGGAAUGCUUUGAUCCUCAUACUAACAAAUGGAGUAUGUGUGCUGCAAUGUCUAAGAGGCGAGGCGGUGUUGGUGUUGCAACAUACAAUGGAUUUUUAUAUGCAGUGGGAGGUCAUGACGCACCAGCUUCCAACCACUGUUCUAGACUUUCUGAUUGUGUGGAAAGAUAUGAUCCUAAAACUGACACCUGGACAACAGUGGCACCUUUAAGUGUACCACGGGAUGCUGUUGGCGUCUGUCCUCUUGGGGACAGAUUAUAUGCAAUAGGAGGCUAUGAUGGACAUAGUUACCUGGACACUGUGGAGUCAUAUGAUGCACAAAAUAAUGAAUGGACAGAGGAAGUGCCUGUCAAUAUUGGAAGAGCUGGAGCUUGUGUUGUUGUGGUGAAAUUGCCAUGAUGGAUGUCCCUGGUGUGAAAUAAACCCCGAGUUCAGUUCCAUAAAAACCAUGUGACAGGAGGAGAAGAAACAAGUUCCAGAACAUAAUACAAACUACAUACCGUAUAUACUCUUCAUAAUCCGAAUAUUUUUGGUAAAAAAGUGAUGCAUCAAAGAGCGGGGGUUGGCUUAUAAACCACAAAAUUUGAUGAUUUUAAACUCUGUGGAAUCACUGAAUUGAAUAUCUAAUACAUUGUCGUUUUGUUUACCUGCAGCGUCUGCAGGCCACAGGGAGCUGAGGGGCUCCAUACCUGCAGACGCUUUAAGUAAACAAAACAUCCCGCCAGCGCCUUACCCUGACAGGCUGGGAGCCAAAGUUUGCCAAUCCAUUUAUUGAUGUCAAUACUGCAGCCUUUUAAAGUUGCAAAGAGUUUGUUUAGUGGACUAGACUGGCUUGAAAGGAAUACUAAAAGAGCAGUGCUGCAGGUCUGCAUGACAUUUGACCCAUGCAUUUCACAAAAGGCUAGCCUUACAAGCCAAUCAGAAAAAUACAAUGAAUGAUAGUACUAUAGCACUGGUGUCAGUCUGUUACUGUGUAAUUUGAUUUCUUCAUGCAUUUCUACCAAUGGACCUCUUGGAGCGUCUGCAGGCAUGGAGCCCCUCAGCUCCCAGUGUCCGUGGUUUGCCAUUCCCAGACACUUCCCUCAGCUCGCAUUGUCUGGGAACGGCAGACCGCGGACACUGGGAGCUGGGGGGCUCCGUUCCUGCAGAUGCUCCAGGUAAACAAAAUGUCUAGGCCCACUAGUGGCUUACCCUAAUGGGCCAGGAGCCAAAGUUUGCCAACUCCUGAAAUACAGGGUCGGCUUAUGAAAGGGUCAUACAGUUUUUGCUAUUUUUACCUAACCAUCUUUGGGGGGAGGCGGGCAAGCUUAUAAAUGAACGGGCUAAUGAACGAGUAUAUACGGUACAUUCUCGCAGCUCUCUACUGGAGGAAGACUCGGAUUUGAGCCAUUAUGUGGUUUGAGCACAAAACUGAAGUUUAUCACCAUUGCACAGACAGGUUUUUGCAAAACAUGGAUCAUAUGCAAGUAUCAAUAUUUGUUACACUUGAUACACAGUAAUACAAUAAUAUGUUUAAAUGGUUCAAGUCUAUUAUAAAACUUUACUUCUUGUUGUUAGUGAUAGAUGUGUCACUGAAUAAGACUUAAUAUACAUUUUCUUGUCCAUAUCAGCAGCAAUGUUAAUAUGUUUAGAAAACAAGAAAUUUGUAUUUAAGUGAAAAGCAGACACUGGAUAAAAUAAAUCUUCAACAAUAGAUAACCAUAACACUGACAACAACAACAAAAAAAUCACAAUAAAAGUUCCUUUAAAGUAAGUUUACAUUUAAUGACAUCUAAUUUCACAAAUGAGAAUAUUUAGUGGAUGUUUUAAAAGUAUAUAGAAUCAAAUUAUAUCAGAAAAUUGUGGAACUGAUUCUAUGCAAAAUUACAAAACCUAGUUACUAAUUAUAAGUGUGAUACUGUCUAACUUUUCAUUAUUAAACACUAUGACAGAAUAAUCAUUUUUAGCAAUAUAGACGAUUAAAUUCUCUAACAUUUAAAAAUAUCUGCCCAACAAGUCUGAAGAAAUCAUUCUUUUAUUAAGUUUCUGCCACUGAAAUGAAAUCUCUUUUAUAAAAAAAAAAGAUAGCUAAUGUAACUUGCAGUAUCUAAAAAUUGGUAAUUUGAUAAUGUAUUGAUAUGCACUAGUAGUAUCCUGAUCACACUCAGCCCACUAACCAUCUGUCAAUAUAUUUUAAAGAAAUUUGGCUUUUCUUGGAAUAAUCAGCAUGCAUUAGACUUAUCACUGGUAAAAUGUUAGUGUAAUUACAUUCAUCAAAUAUAGCUUACAUAAUGGAAAAAUGUAUAUCAUAUUGAUAUGACAAUCUAUGACCUCAGCUGAAGAGUGCCAGCUUCCUCACAUGUACAGAAUAAAAUAUUGUAGUCAAGGAACAUGGGUACUGUGUAACAUUAUGUACCAUUAAAAUAAGCAUGUUUACAUUUUAUCUGAAACCAUCUAGAAUGCUAAGAAUGAAGAUAAACUUCACUGAAUCAAAGGAUCACUUGAAAAACAGCACAUAAUAUUCAGCAUGCAUAACAUCUCUUUCAUGUGCCAGUUUAUAUGAAGGAUUCCCCCCCCAUUUCUGAUAAUUUUGUGUGUGGGAAUUAUACAGUAGGGAAGGUUAUCAUAUAUGUAAAAUGUUCUAUACUGUAAAACAUGAUAUUUGGGUAGUGUCUAUGUUAGCCUUUAAAACUCAUCAUUUCAUUUAUGAGAAAAAUUCAGGGUAAAAUAGUAACAAAUGUGCUUUAUGAAUAUGUAGACAACUUUGGGGAUGGAAUGUUGCAUUUUCACAUCUCUGCAAUAUGCUAUUUUAACAGGCUUUAUACUAUAUAUAUUGUGUAGAAAAGUUCUAAGACUUAGCAACCAUGGGAUUAUUUAUAAAAAAAAUAAAAUGUUUUUAAACUUGCAAAUCAAUUCACACAAAUUAUGUUUAUAGUAUGGCAUGCUGAAUUAAAAUAAAUUUUACUUUCUC